AUGAUAGCCAUCUCCUGGAAUUGUCAAGGAUUGGGGAAGUCCUUGACAAUUAAGACUUUGGGGGAGUUCAUACAAUCCCACAAGGUUGAUUUUGUGUUUCUAUCUGAGACCCACAAUGAUGAUGUGGUAGUGAAUAAGGUCAUGAAAGAUUUAAAAUUUUGUAAGAGUUUUACCGUCCCUCCGAUUGACUCUGCAGGUGGACUUUGCUUGUGGUGGAAUCAGGAUUACACGGUUGUUAUUUCAGAUUUUUCUAAGAAUUUUGUUGAUACAUUGAUCACUGACCCUGCUAUUGGUCAAGAGUUUCGUGUUACAUGGAUGUAUGGUCCUCCUUAUUAUGAGGAGAAGCAGGAAUUUUGGAGCAAGUGGUACUCCAGUGACCAGAGGAACAACAUACCUUGGCUGGUCGUGGGGGACCUUAAUGAGAUGAUGUGCUCUGAUGAGAAAGACGGUGGUGCAGCCUGGAUACCUAGUCGUCACAAAUUUCUAGGGAACUUUGUCGACUCGAAUGGGUUGAUGGACAUCGGCUUUAAGGGCCAAAAUUUCACGUGGGAGAGAAAGGAGAAUGGAACAGUUGUUCUCCAGGAGAGACUUGAUCGUGCCCUGAUUAACAAUGAUUGGCUUCUUCGGUGGCCGGACACAAAUCUCACCCAUUUGUCUAGACUGGGAUCGGACCAUAACCCCCUUCUCUUGGCGACUGACUGCGGGAAGAAGAGAUGGAGGCCAAACUUCAAAUUUGAAUCCAGUUGGGCUGAUGACCCUGAUGCUGAACAUAUUAUAGAGGGGUGUUGGUCUAAUGGGCCGGGUCGGGCUCCCAAUUUAUCUUGGGAAAUUAAUCUAAAGAGGUGUCGAUCGAGCCUUACGAAGUGGAGCAGGAAAAAAUUUCCCAUAUGUAAUCGUAUGGUGAUAAAGGAGUAUCUAGAGGAGCUCGAUGACCUUCAAACUAAUAAGUCGAUUUCCAGUACUGACCGCCAAGCGGAGAUCAGCUCUAAGAUCAACGAAAUCUGGGGCAGAGAAGAGCAAUACUGGAAGCAGCGCUCUAGGAUCCAAUGGCUUCAAGCAGAUUGGGGUCAGGCUCUUCAAGGAGUUAGAGGAGGGAUUACGAGGGAGAUGAAUUCUGAUCUGAUAGGUCCUGUUUUAAUUGCGGAAGUGAAAGAUGCUGCUGACCAACUUGGAGCAUUGAAAGCCCCUGGCCCCGAUGGGUUCCCAGGUAUGUUUUAUCAGCGUUAUUGGAAGAUUGUGUCUAAGAUUGUGGCUUCAUCUGCUUCAAAGUUUGUGAAAGGGAAGGUUAGCUUACGUCGGAUUAAUACUACAAACAUUGUGUUAAUCCCCAAAGUUGAGUUCCCAGAGAAGACUAGCCAGUUUAGACCAAUUAGUCUUUGUAAUAAUUCCUACAAGAUCCUUUCGAAGCUCCUUGCGAAUCGGUUGAGAGUGAUCCUACCAGGUUUGAUAUCCAACAAUCAGAAUGCCUUUGUUCCCGAUCGCCUUAUUCAGGAUAACUUAUUACUGGCCCAUGAAACCUAUCAUUACUUGAAGCUAAAGAAGAAAGGGGGCAAGCAUGAGUUAGGGCUUAAACUUGAUAUGAACAAGGCUUACGACCGGGUGGAAUGGGAUUUUCUAAGGGUGGUUUUAAUUCGGUUUGGAUUUUGCAGUGCUUGGGUUGAACUGAUAAUGGAAUGUGUUUCUUCGGUUACUUUCUCUAUUGUCUUGAAUGAAAAACCUGGGAAGACUUUUAGGCCGAGUAGAGGGUUGAGGCAGGGAGAUCCCCUCUCACCCUAUCUGUUCCUAUUGGUCAGUGAAGUGCUAUCAUUGCGUAUCACUCAUGCUGUAAGGGAGAAGAAAGUUGUGGGAGUCCGUUUGUGUAGAGGCAGCCCAGAGUUAUCCCACCUUUUUUUCGCAGAUGAUGCUUUGUUCUUCAUUAGAGCUACUUUGAGAAAUGUGUGGGAGCUUAGUGCUAUCUUCAGGGAGUACUGCCUGGCUUCGGGUCAGGAAAUAAAUAAAGAGAAAUCUAGCAUUUUCUUUACCCCCAAUAUGCCGAGACAAAUGGCGAUACUUAUUAGUGAAAUGCUUGAUUUCGCAGAAGUGGCUGAUCCAGGAUCUUACCUUGGAUUACCAACAGUUUGGGGAAGAUCAAAAAAGGAAGCUUUAUACUACAUAACUGAUCGUGUUCAGCGUAAACUUGAUGGGUGGAAAGAGCGCACUCUCUCUUGGGCAGGAAAGGAAAUUCUAAUCAAAUCAAUAGCAAUGGCGAUUCCGGCCUAUCCUAUGGCGUGCUUUAAACUUCCUCUUAGUUUUUGUGAUAGUCUCAACUCUAUGAUCAGCAACUUUUGGUGGGGGUACAAGAGUGAUGGAAAGAAAAUUCACUGGAGGGCGUGGGAUCACUUGACUAAAGCUAAGAGAGAUAGUGGCAUGGGUUUCAAGGAUCUGCAUCAAUACAAUAUGGCUCUAUUGGGAAAGCAAUGCUGGAGGCUCAUGUCCAACCCUUAUUCUACUUGGGCAAGAGUCUUGAAGGCUAGAUACUUUCCCAAAUGUGGUUUUAUGCAAGCAGGAAAAGGACGUAGCCCAUCUUGGGGGUGGUCUAGCCUGAUUGCAGCCAGGGAUGAGCUUAUGAUGGAAAAUCACUGGUUGGUGGGUAAUGGCAAUCUCAUUGAUGUGUGGCAUGAUCACUGGCUGCCUCCUCCUCACUCAGGAACGGUGAGUAUUGUACAUGGUACUCCCAAUCCCCCUCCCCUGUUAGUGAAUUCCAUUAUUGAUUGGGAGAAUUGCUCUUGGGACUUGAGAGGUAUUAGUGAUUUUAUUGCCCCUCAUAUGAUUCAAUGCAUAAUUAACUGUCGACAUGGGAGUUUGUUUGACAUAGAUAAGUUGGUUUGGCCUUACAAUAAGAGGGGGGAGUACACUGUCAAGGGUGGUUAUCAUCAUCUCCACCAAAAAAGUGUUAAAUUGGUGACAUCGGGGCCGAGCUCUUCUCAUACCAUCCACAAUUCUGUGUGGAAGCUGAUAUGGAAUAUGAAAACUAUCCCUAAGAUCCGUCUAUUUUUGUGGAGGACUCUGAGUAAUGCUGGGCCUACCUACUUUAAUAUGCACAAAAGGAAGCUCAUCCCUUGUCCCACUUGCCCCAUCUGCCAUCAGCAGGAGGAAUCCUUCACUCACACUCUUCUUCUUUGCCCUUGGGUCCUCCCAGUGUGGUUUGGCUCCCAGUUGGGGUUAACUAUCAAUCGUCAAUCUAUCACUACUCUUGAUAAAUGGUUAAUGUUUGUGGCUAAGUCCCUGGGAGACUCGAAUAUGAAGGAGGAAAUUUUAUCCAAAUGUGCUUGUCUCAUGUGGUCUAUUUGGAAAGCUCGGUGCAGUUUUGUCUACAAGGGCAGGGAUUUGUGCCCCUCUGAUACCAUAGAUCAAGCAAACACUUUGUUCUUGGAGCAUACUGCAGCUUUGAGAUUGAUCCCUCGGGCCACAUCAACUGCCAGAGGUACUGAUAAUCAAUUGUGGACCCCUCCUCCUGAUAAUGUUCUCAAGGUUAACUGUGAUGCAGCUUGGCUAGCCCCGAAUCGAGCUGGUAUUGGUGUGAUAAUUAGAGACACUACUGGGGGGUGCAUAGCUGGUGCUUCUGUUCCAUGUCAAGCUGUGGACGUGGAUGAAGCUGAAACAUUAGCUAUUUUGAAGGGUCUGAUUGUGGCUAGAGACAAUGGCCUUAGGAAUAUCAUCAUUGAAUCUAACUCAAAGGCUUCUAUUGAGGAUAUUACUGAGAAGAGAUGUAGGAAUUGGAGAGCAUUCCACAUCCAUAAUCAAAUCAGAAACAUCAUGGUUCAUUUUAAUUCUUGUUUAUGGAACUGGGUUCCAAGAAGAGCUAAUAUGGCAGCUCAUUUUGUGGCCAAGCUCACUUAUAGGAGUGAGGGUCCUCUUUAUUGGACCAAUUUACCUCAUCCUUCUCUUGUUUCGGUUCUGGCUCGUGACUCUUCUCAUGUGGCUCCAGUGGAGCAGCAACAGGGCAUUGGCUGA